GUUAUAGGACAGAAGAGUGUUAACAGCCAGCGUAGGUAGAUCACCGGACAAGCACUGCAGCUACAAGUCAGAAGCGGAGGGAAGGAGUGAGAAACAGAUAGGGAGGUUCACACGUGUGGGGAGAGAAACGGAGCAUAGCAGCAGAGUGUUGUGGCUGUUUGGGCAACAGGAGCUUUUGGUAGCCAGGAAGAGGGCAGCCAAGCCUGAGGAGAUGCUGUAAGGAAGAGUGCCAAGUGAUGGAGCUUGAAGCAGUCAGCAGGCGGGCGCAAUUAGUCAGAAUGGAUGAUCAGGACAGAGUGAGCCAAGCAUCCAGCGUUGCUACCAUUUCCUACUUUCCUGUCAUGAAGGAAAGCGAUGGAAAGGUGCAAACAUUUGGGAAAAGAUGUCAGUCUGCCAAGAGAGACCCCAACUGUCCCGUAGUCAUCAGAGGAUGGCUCAACAAAAAAGACAGCUCUGGUUUGAAGCUGUGGAAGAGAAGGUGGUUUGUCCUCUCCAACUACUGUCUGUUUUACUAUAAAGACAGUAGAGAGGAAUCUGUGCUGGGCAGCAUCCCACUGCCGAGCUAUAAAAUCCUUUUUUGCACACCACGAGAAUGCAAGAACAGAAAGUUCACCUUCAAGGUGGUGCACCAGGGAAUGCGCUCCUAUUUCUUCAGUGCUGACACUCAGGAGGACAUGUUGGGUUGGGUCCGAGCUCUCAGUCAGUCAGCUGCAAUGGAGCCCAACAGCUCCCUGAACAGGCGUUGCUCAAGCUAUCAGGAUUUCACACAGAUAGGUGGCAGCAGUGAAUCAGUGGAUUUCCCUAAACCCCCAUCUGAUGGAGAGGGUCCCUCCCAGAGGCACAGGCACGUCAGCAGGACUCUGAGCGAACCGAGUCAUCUCGCUGGUGGGAGGACGGGGACGUCGCGCUCAGAGCAGAGGGGGAGGCGGAGUGUGCGUCAGAGAAACAGCAGAACACCCAGCCCUCCAGAUUUUAGCGGAAGAAGAGCUUGUGGUCCACAGCAAGAGGAAGACGCUCUUCCUGGUCAAAACACGCCACCCACGCAGACAGAAAUGAUGGGCACAGGCUCUUUGACCUCGAGGGGUCAGCUAGGGUCACGACCUCACACACCAGUUGGAAGGGUUGACAUUCGACCUCACGAUGACUCGGGCAUGGUGCCACAAACCCUGUACUAUGCACCUGCCUCACCUAACUUGGAGUUCAAAUCCACUCCUAACACUCCAGUAACAGAGCGGUGGCAAAACCUGAGCAAGCCUACACCUACAUAUGGGUCUGUCCAUCAUAUCUCAAGUGGGAGACGACCUUUAGGAAAGAGCUACUCCACAGGGGCGCAGGCAGACUUACUGCCCCCUCUGCCUCCCUCAUCGAGAGCCGCACAUGCUCCCCACCACCCACACCACCACCACCACCACCAUCAUCACCAUCACCGCAGCAAUUUAUCUGUUUGUGUGCUACCACCAGCUAUGGCCCCAAAGCCUGACCCGAGAGAAGCCCCGCCAAUCAGGCCUCUUGAAAGUGAUGCAGAUGCUGUGUUGACAAGGUUGUGUGGGUGCGACAAGCUGCUGCAGUCUCUGUCUGUAGAACUGGCCCAGCUACAAAUGGAUAAGGAUGGCGUCCACUGUGCAUUAGAGGUGUCCAGACUGCAGCUGGAGGAGUGGAAAAACCAGGGGCCCAGGGCUCAGGAGGAAGCACUGACCCAGAAGGCUUUGCUCCAAGAAGAGCUGGUCACAAUCCGGGCCAGGAUGUGUGAUGUAUCAUUGGAAAUGGAGAGGGUGUGGAGUCAGUAUGAGAGAAUGGAGAGUGAACUGUCGGUUAUCCGUUCACACCUUCAGCACAUCUGUAACUUUGGACUGCCACAGGACCAGUCUCAGGCCCAGAGAGAGCUGUGGAUGAUGGAGGACAUCAUGGCUGGACUAAGGAUCAACAGGGAUCAUUUCCGCUUCCUACUGGGACUACAGAGGCACCACGUGUUCCAGCCGACAUCUCCACAUCCUGGAUCCCCUGGCACACCCACAGAGAGGCUGCAGUGUGGACUGCCUAUGGAUGUGGAACAAGAGCCACCACUCCGCCCACCGUUACCCCAGGAACUACAGGAAAGCUACCAGAGCAGGGAUCAGGGCCACGGCUGGACAGAGUCACCGUAUGAGGGAAUCUACAGCCACACUGUUGAUCCUGUACAUAGAAGAGGAAACAGCCAGCCCGACCUCCUUAAUGCAAAAGCAACGAAAGACACAUUUGAAUCUGCUUCAAAGUGGAUCCCACCAGAUGCAACAAGCCAAUCAACCAAGAAGAUGAAAAUGAGUGAAGAAGAGCAGAUUGAACGGAUGAAGAGGAAUCAGGAGAGGAUGACCAAUAGGAAGAAACCCCCCAUACCCACUCCAGUUCAAAGUUCAGAGACAAGAGAGGAGGCCCCCUUCCCUCUAAGGGUGACACGAGUUGUUACAGCUGUACUGCCGUCUUCUCUCGUGGCCAGACGGGUUUCUGUCGAGGAUCCUCCACCCGAGCUUGACAACCCACUGCCCGAGCAGAUCCCGCCUGAGUUGCAGCAAAAAUUUGCCGAGCAGAGUAAAAAAUUGUUGAACAAGCCACCCAGGCGUCUGUUGCUGGAGGGCCCUGAUCCAGACCAGGAUCAGCCUGUUAGAAAGACAAACAGGCAGCAGCAUCAGGGAGUGUUGAGGUCCCCCAAGAGGGAGUCAAGGUCAGAUGAGAGCAGAGGCCAGCCCACAGAGACCUCACGAAAUCAACUUCAAGACCAAGCAGGUGUAGGAUAUGGAAGAGAGGGCUUGGACGUCAAGACAGACGAACAGCCCUCUGCACUCCUGAGCCAUGACAUGGAACCUGACCUCUGUCUGACCCCUGAGCAGCGAGAGGCCAAACUUCGACGAGUGGAACGAAUACGGGAGAGAGUCAUAAGAAGCGCAGUCAGGCAGAGUGCUACCAAACACAAUCAACUGCCAAUCACAGGAGAGGGGCAGGAAGUUCAUCAGGUGCCCCCUGACACAGCUAGAAAACAAAGGAUUAAAUCAGACCGUGAAUCUUACAUCGGCUAUGGAAGCUGUGAUAACAUCAGAGGUCCUGCAGAGCUUAAGCUUUCUAGUGGCACAUCUCAGGAUGAAGAAGAAAGAGACGGACAGGUGAAAAAAUGUAAAAGUCAGGUAAAAUUUGGAAGCAAAACACAAAACAAAGAUCACAGUGGUAGAACAGGGGUUGCCAAAACUAAAAUCAUGCGUCCAGCUUCACCCUAUCACGUCUCAUCUAUGACUGUCUACCAGAAAGAUGGAGGCACAGGAUUUACAGGUUACAAGGAUGGGGAGGAAGACAAACUUGAGGAACCUGAUUGUAAUGAAAGUGAUUUUUCAUCCUCCGAUCUGAGAGCCAAGUGGUUCCUCUCUACCAAUCAGUGGCAAGGGUUCAUACCCUUGCAGAUCCCUGGCAUUGACUUGUGCAAUGAGGAGAUAUCGGACAUUGAGAAUCAGCCAGCAAGCAGUGACGACCUGACUGAUUCCAAUGAAAUGUCAUCUGCUGUCAGUGAGAGUUUAGAGAAAAUGAAAGAGAACCAUUCACUCUUCUAUAAGAUCGCAUGUGACAUUAGUAUUUCAGACUCAGAUAUAACAAAGAAUGAUGGGAAUGCCCAAACGUCAUCCAGGCCAGAGGAAGAACUGCUGAUCACUGAAUCUGUGCCUGACGAAGCAACCCAUGAUUUUGAGAAAUCUUUGAACCAAGAGAGCAAGAAUUCCAGCCUGUGUUUACCCUCAGACGUUAAUGAAAACCGUCUCUCAAUUAUUAAUGAACUCCAAGAUUCAACCCAGGACAAAACAGUGUUAGAUACCUCAGCCAAUCCAGCAAGAGAGGUCCCUCAAAACGUAUGUGAGGACACCUCAAGGCACGAUAGCCAGUUGGAAGUCAGAGAAAUUGUCCAUGAAACUACUUCUGGUGAGGCCGUGGAUGAAUAUUUAAAGACAAGUGAAGAACAAAGUGGGGGGAAAGAGUCAGAGGACAGGAAGGUGGACCAAGAGAGAGCUCAAGAACGGAAGAAAUAUCGUAGUUUAAGUGAGGACAACAAACAGACAGUCCAAGAAGGAGGCAACAACCACUCCAUCACUCCAUCCAGCUCUGAGGGGAGAAGUGUGAUUCGGAGCGCCUCUUUCGGGAAGGCACGAGUUACUGUGUUAAGGACAAGUUUGUAGAGGCAAGAACAGCAAUGGCUUAAGGAGCUUAAAGGAAUGAACUUGGGAAGGACAAGAACACAGUUAAGUGAUUUAUGGUAAAGGACAGUGCCUGAUGAGGAGGACUUUAAAUGGGAAAAUGGGAACAUGCAAUGUCAGAGUAGACAUAACAUUUGGUAAACUUGAACAUUUCCAUUAUUCGUAACCUGUGGUUUGAAAUUGAUUCUGAUGAAAUACAAAGUCUUAAGAUUCAUGAAAACAAAUGCGUAUGCAAUUAUGUCGUUGUUUUUGCAGGUGAUCGUAAACACCAAAUACCUUAUGUAUAGUUGCAGUCCAACAGAUGCCCAGUGUUUGAGGUUAACUCUUUCAUUCCUCUCAAAACGUGCAUCUAACAUGACAGAAAUUAUACGUGAUUGCUGCUUGUGGUUGGCAACAUAACCCUGUAACUGUCACUGUAACAAAAUGUUUUGUAUCUCAAAUGCCCCGAUUACUAAACAUGGUUUGUGCUACAUCGA